ACAAUUGUCAGUGAUUCAUGGAUUCGCGGGAUAGGUCGGGGUAGAUUUCGAUCGUAUUUUAAUUAAUGCUUCUCUUCGCCAAUUAUGCUAUAAUUUAUAAAGAAUCAUUGGAAAUCUUUUCCAUUUUGUUGAGUAUUACGUGGCACUAUAAAUUCCGAACAAAUAGAUUGCAGUAAGAUAAAAAUCAUUCAACGAACGUUCGGAAAGCGAUACUGCUAAAACGGCUAAAGUGUAGUCGGUAGCAAAAUGGCAGCGAGUGAUUCUACUACGGACGAUAGUCUGUAUCCGAUCGCAGUUUUAAUUGAUGAAUUAAAGAAUGAGGAUGUUCAGUUACGUCUAAAUUCUAUCAAGAAAUUAUCCACAAUUGCUCUUGCAUUAGGUAUUGAAAGGACUCGUAGCGAGUUAAUACCUUUUUUAACAGAAACUAUUUACGAUGAAGACGAAGUUCUUCUUGCAUUGGCAGAACAGCUUGGUACAUUUACACCUCUUGUUGGAGGACCAGAAUAUGUCUAUUGUUUAUUGCCACCUUUAGAAUCACUAGCAACAGUUGAAGAAACUGUGGUUCGUGAUAAAGCAGUUGAAUCUUUGAGAAAUAUUGCAAGCCAACAUAGUCCAGCAGAUCUAGAAGAACAUUUUGUCCCUUUGGUACAACGCUUGGCAUCUGGAGAUUGGUUUACGUCAAGAACAUCUGCUUGUGGACUUUUUAGUGUAUGUUAUCCACGUGUUAGCCCAGCCAUCAAAGCAAGUUUACGAAACCAUUUUCGUAAUUUAUGUCAAGAUGAUACACCUAUGGCACGACGAUCUGCUGCCUCUAAAUUAGGAGAGUUUGCUAAAGUUGUAGAAAUUGAAUACUUAAAAUCAGAUUUAAUUCCUAUGUUUGUUAUACUUGCCCAAGAUGAACAGGAUUCAGUACGACUUUUGGCAGUUGAAGCGUGUGUCAGUAUUGCAGCUUUAUUACAGCCAGAAGAUGUUGAACAAUUAGUUAUGUCAACGCUUCGACAGUGUGCCAGUGAUCAGUCUUGGCGUGUACGAUAUAUGGUAGCGGAUAAAUUUACUGAUCUCCAGAAAGCAGUUGGACCAGAAAUUACAAAAACUGAUCUUGUACCUGCAUUUCAAGUAUUAUUAAAAGAUAUAGAAGCGGAAGUACGAGCAGCAGCCGCUGAUAAAGUUCGCGAUUUUUGUCAAAAUCUUGAUCAGUUUAAUCAAGAAUCCAUUAUUAUGAAUAAUAUUUUACCUAUAGUCAAAGAACUUGUAGCAGAUCCUAAUCAGCAUGUUAAAUCAGCUUUAGCAAGUGUCAUAAUGGGACUUAGUCCAAUACUUGGUAAACAUAACACGAUCGAACAUUUGUUACCUCUGUUUUUAUCUCAACUAAGAGAUGAAUGUCCUGAAGUCCGUCUAAACAUUAUUAGCAAUUUAGAAUGUGUUAAUGAGGUUAUAGGCAUACAACAGCUUUCAUUGUCACUUUUACCAGCCAUUGUAGAGUUAGCAGAAGAUUCUAAAUGGCGAGUUAGAUUAGCUAUUAUUGAGUAUAUGCCUCUCUUAGCUGGUCAAUUGGGAGUGGAAUUCUUCGAUGAGAAAUUAAAUUCUUUAUGUAUGACUUGGCUCGUAGACCAUGUUUAUGCUAUUAGGGAAGCAGCGACAUUGAACUUGAAAAAAUUAGUGGAAAAAUUUGGACCAGAAUGGGCACAAAAUACUGUAAUACCUAAAGUAUUGGCAAUGUCCAGGGAUCAGAAUUAUCUUCAUAGGAUGACAUGUUUAUUUUGUAUUAAUGUAUUGGCUGAAGUAUGCGGUCCAGAAAUAACGACAAAAGUAAUGCUUCCGACGGUCUUAGGAAUGGCAACAGAUAAUGUUGCAAAUGUAAGAUUUAACGUUGCUAAAACAUUACAACGGAUUGGACCCUACCUGGAGCCUUCUGCAGUUCAAACACAAGUGAAACCUGUUCUUGACAAACUUAAUACUGACAGUGAUGUAGACGUGAAAUAUUUUGCUUCAGAAGCAAUUGCUGGAAUUGCAGCAUAAGUUGAGCAGGAUGCCAGGUGCAUUUAUCAUUUAUCCAACAAUAUUAAAGAAAUUACAAAUGUCAUGUCACAAUGUUUCCACUUACACUUGACAAGAGGUAAUAUUAAUGCACAGUUGGAGCAAAAUUUUGAAGAACUACAAAAUUUAAAUUAGCGAUAAAUGUAAACAGUAUGUUAAGUUCUGUUUGAUUUGUAUAUCUAUAAUUACGCUACUUAUUAAAUAUUCAAUUUAAUUUGUAACAUGUAUUUCAUAUACAUACAUAUAAGUAGUUGUCUUAAAGGAUAAUAUAAUAAUAAUAAAAAUACCUAAUUAUCAUUCCUAAAAUUCAACACCUAGAAUAAUCUGUUUUUUCACUGUUCAUUUACAUUUUUAUUUUACUUUAUUGACCUUAUUGUGUUAAAGUUACUAAGUAAAAAUAACUGGGAAAUACAAGAUAACAGAAUACUGCUAAUACUUUUAUUUCUCUAAUUUUUUUCUAUAAUUAUUGUUUUUCCAAUUGAUGUAUAUUACGUACAUACAUAGUAACUAUUUUACUUCAUCUUUCUUUCAAACAAUCCUAUUCAAAGUCAUAUACAAUCAUUCUCCAUAUAUUUACAUUUUACUAAGUAAUAAUAUUCUACAAUAUAAUAUAAUUGAAAUUCAUAAUUUAAAAUAUAUCUUAUAAAUGUUUUUAUUUAUGAAAUACUAAAUACAUCGAUUAUCUUUUUUAUUUUCGUACAAAUAAUAUAGAAAUAUCAAGACAUUAAGUAAAUUACUUCAGCAACAUAUUAAACUAUAUUUUGAAUUAUGCAAUAUAUUAUUAAUAAAUAAGAAAUACUUGCAUGGCAAUCUUUUUUUUUUUAUUGAUUCUUAUAAAUUUUACUUGACUCAGUUUUGUAACUACUAGUAAAAUAUUAACUAAAAUUUCCUUUGUUUAAUAACAAUCCCAGAAAAGUAUAUUUUGCCAUAUCAGUCGUACUAUAACACAUAUUAAUGAUAUCAUUUUAAUAGAUUCUUUCCAAUAAACUAUGUAGGUAUUUAUUAUGUAACUGCCAUAUCAAGAUUAAACCAACAAUAAUACAUACUAAAUAGUACAUCCUACUUACUAAUACUAUUAUUAUUGACGAUCUACUUACCAACAUUAGUUAUUAUAUUUACAUAUCACUCACUAAAAUUUAAUUGUGAAUAGAAAUAUCAUAUAUUUUAUGAAAAAUGUUCAAAUGACAUUUUGAAUGCCUAAUUUUUUAUAUUACGCACUUAAAUCUAAACCAAAUAUGCAUUAUCAUAUAAAAAGUAUACGUUCUCAUAAAUGAAUAAUGAUAAAUGUCUUUGGCAAAAAUUUAACUGAAAAUAUAACUAUUUUCAAUAUGUAUAAUUAACAAUCUACUACGUGGAUUAAAAAAAAAAAAAAAAAAAAAAAAA